UAACCUCGUAUCCCCAUGCGAAGCAAUUUGAUGCAUUCGUUCAGUGUUAUGCGGUCGCUAGGUUAUAACUAUUUAUAAAACCAGCUCAACAGCUUCUUCGCCCUUUAAGAUGAUAGAACAAAUAUCACUCGUGGCAAAUCGGACAUAUUUCAUCGUUGUGUUUUUCAAAACUGAUUAAAAUUUAAAAAAAAAAUAGUUUCUUCAAUGGAACAAUUUUAUUUAUGAGAAUUUGUGUGAGCCGCUAAAACGUGAUUAAACAUGGCCCUCUUGGGAGCGCAAUUGGUUAUCACUCUUAUAAUGGUCAGUGUUAUACAAAAAUUAAGUCCACAUUUUUCUUUUGCAAGAUGGAUUUUGUGUUCUACCGGAUUGACAAGAUAUCUCUAUCCGACAGAUCAACAACUUAGAACAUUAGCUGGUGUACCGAGGGAAAAACCAAAGAAAGGAAAGCACAGUGAAAAUGGUAAAGUGGGAGAUGUCUUUCAUGUUCCUAGAAAUCUAGAUAUCCAGCUAGAAAGUGCAAAAGUGACUAUGCUCGAUGUAGUGCACUUAAAAUAUUAUACUGAAUAUCAAUGGCUGUUGGAUUUCUCUUUGUAUGCUAUUAUUGUUUAUAUAUUGACAGAGGCAUACAAUUAUUUCUAUCCAAUCAAAGAUGAAAUAAAUCUUAGUGUGCUAUGGUGUACAGUAGUUCUAGGCUUUGCAUUUAAAGUACUACUUUCUCUUUGGGUACAAUAUUUCAAAGGAGAAGAGAGUGUAGGUGAAAGGUCUACAUGCAUUGUAACUGGAUUUGCGUAUCUUCUUAUUGCUAUGAUGGUACUCAUAGUUGAUGAAAAUAAGUUAGAAAUUGGUUUGGAAAAGGCAUACACAAGUUUCAAUCACAGUGCUUCCCGAUUUUUAGAUACUCAAGGACUUUCUUCUACGGGACCAGCUUCCAAAAUUGUUGUAAAAUUUUUCCUUGCUAUAUGGUGUGGCCUAUUAGGAUCUUUAUUUACUUUCCCAGGAUUGAGAGUAUCAAAAAUGCAUUGGGAUACUUUGAGAUACUAUAAAGAUCACAAGGUCUUGUUACUAAUAGCAAAUAUCAGCUAUGUCUCACCGCUCUUGUUGGUAAGCUUAUGGAUUACACCAAUAAGUAGGGAUUAUUUGACUGUUCGGAUAUUCAGCGGCAUGACUGGUCCACUAAUGACAGCUGCGAGAUUUGAAAGCAUGAGAUUGAUUAUUAUUGUGGUUGCUGUUUUAUUACGGAUUGUACUCAUGCCAAUAUAUCUGCAAUCUUACUUAAAUCUCGCUAUUCAAAGAUUAGAAGUUCAGAAAAAGGAAGCUGGUAGAAUAACAAAUAUUGAUUUGCAGAAAAAGAUUGCAGCUGUAUAUUAUUACCUGUGUGUGGUAGCAUUACAGUUUGUUGUUCCCAUAAUUAUAUGUUUAUUUUUUACAUUUUUGUAUAAAACACUUGGUGGCUUUACUUGGGAAGGUAUUUUAAAAGGAACGUUAGAAGAAGAGUGUCCAGCAGACGAUCUAUCGAACUUAUUAUCAUCUACAAUUAGCAAUGAUAAUGCUGAUAAGACUGUUAUACAAACUGCUGAAGAACUUCAACUUGCGCUAAGUUCAUUAAAGCAGAUAUUUACCACAGAUGUUUAUAGAGGUCUUUUAGGAUUAGCAACAUGGUGGAGUUGCUUCGCGUUAUUUGCUACCAGUGCCAUGGGCAUGUUUUAUCAAUCGUACUUUUCAAACGUGUGAAAAGAUCUGCUAGGAGAAAAUCCAAAUGUCACAUCGCACAAAUCUUCUAAUUCACAAAUCAAUCGUUCAUUAUUAGAGUCGCAUUGUCCAUAUUUGAGAUACAUAUUUUCAGAUUAUCCAUUUUAACUUAUGCUUAUCGCCAAAUGACUAAGAUAGCUAUCGGUAAUGUAAGAUUUUGUACGACGCAUGUGGCGAUAAAAAUAAUACCGCAGUCGUAUUAUAAAUAAAGACAUUUUGGAAUUUGAA